UCUCGACCCCGGUCUCUACCGUAUAACUCAGCCUUCUCCACUUCACACCAUCGCUCGGCUAGACAUCGGAACAGGCUUCACUCACUCUUUUCAGUGUUUUCAAAGUGUCUCGCGUUAUGCCACUUCCUCAAAAGCACGCCAAACACAUUCUCGAGCCUCAUGCGGCCUCCAGCCUUCCCAAUGUAGAGUCACAAGGCUUCACAUAUGAUCGCCUCCCCUCCGAGGGUCGUUGCCUCCGUCUGCUGACGCUAUAUCCUGGGCAAUGGGAAGACACGAUACGAUGCUCGCUAUCGACUGUAGGCCUCGACCCGUUGGACGAGAGUGCACCGUACGAAGCAAUCUCGUAUGUCUGGGGCGACCCAACCAAAUGUCGGGAAAUAAUAUGUGGCAACCAGAAUUUGUCCAUCACAAACUCUCUGUUUGAUGCUCUACAGAUCUUGCGGCCGUUGGUCGGCGAAGGCCCUCGUACACUAUGGGCAGACGAUAAUGGGCUCGAUCUAUUCCAACGCAAUCAGGGUACUUGUCUGGCUCGGACACGAUAGCCCCGAGAAAGUGGAGGCUGGCCUAGACCUGGUGUGUCAAAUCGCAAGUAGAGGCUGGGACGAGGCGCGUCAAGGCCGUCCCAAUCAACUCGAGCGGGCACUUGCGCCUCAAAAUUGGCACAACUCAACCUACAAAUUACGAGCUGACACAAAUUCAUCACCAAGAACAAGACACGCGUCGCGAGAGCUGCCCGAGUUUGCAGACGUGGAUGCGCUCUACCCAUUGUUCACCUGCCGUUGGUUCACUCGCCUCUGGAUACUCCAAGAAAUUGUGCUCUCUAAGGCAGCGGUGGUGGUUUGGGGUCUCGGAAGCAUCAGUUUUGAUUUGCUCGAGCUCGCUGCAAUCUAUGUAUCCAGUUUUCAUACAGCAGUGUUUAUUGAUACACGUGAGGCUAUUCGCGGUGUAAUGCAUUGCAUUGUUAUGCGCGGGAUUCGGCUCGCGCCGUGGGAGGAUGACCUGCUUCUGGAAAUUCUAGAGCUCACAAGAGAUUACGAAGUCUCAGAUCCCAGGGACAAAGUGUAUGGUAUGUUAGGGCUGAGAAUGAAAAAUCCAGUCCUAAGGGCAUCCCACUUUCUCAAGCCUGACUAUAGCCUUUCCGUUGUCGAAGUCUAUACGACAGUUGCAGAGAAGCUCUGUUUCGAGAAGCAAGAUACAGACGUUCUUGCGAUGGUCCAACAUGGGCCUUGCCUAGCUCAAGACUGGCCAUCGUGGGUACCAGAUUGGAGCCAUCCUCGGACCAGCAUUUUCAUGAGCCGUUCGAGAAACACCAGCUUGGGGACUCUUGCCACUAUAGAAAGGCCGUCUUGCACUACUUGCGGGAAGAUAAGCCACAAUGGACCUGUUGUAUCCAUCAAAGGUAUUGUUGUUGGCGGUAUUCGGCGUUCCACCGAGAACCUUAAUGGUAAUUCCUUUGGAGGGUCAAAUUCAGAGUCGUUCAGGUACAUUCAAAAGCUGUGCCUUGAAUUCCAGGGCGAUUAUAACGAAGAAACAAUAGCCUUCACGAUGUCCGCUGGCCGGGGGCCUGACGGGCAUUUAGCUGAGCCAACACAGUCUCGUCAGAUCGCAUCUCACAUUGCGAGCUUCCAAAAUUUUCUGGCUUGGAAUGUGGACCAAUAUUUCAUGACUGGCACUGACAUACCACCUCCGCCCCAAAAGUAUAAUGCUGAGGUCCAAUCGGCUUAUCGCUUCUACAUGAACAUAUCUGCCAACGUCAUCGAGAGGCGCUUCUUCAUAACAACCGGCGGCGAUCUGGGACUCGGUCCUCUAGCAAUGCAAGAAGGUGAUCUGGUGGUUGUGUUGUUUGGAGGCACUGUUCCUUUCGUCUUGCGUCCACUUGGAGACGGCCAACACUUUCGUUUGGUUGGGGAGGCUUACGUGCACGCAAUUAUGGGUGGCCAGGCAGUUGAGAACUGGCGGAAGAGCGGUGAGCCGGCCACAGAAUUCCAUCUGUAUUGAGUGUGCUGAGUGAUAGUACGGGCUACACAAAGGGUUGACUUGUUGCUGAGACGAUCACUUGCUGCCUGUUGUACACUUACUUUUCUUCUCUUCACUGCGUACAGAACCCGUGUGAGCAUCCAGGGACCCAAGGAGUUCAUGCACCGCGACACACC